AAGAAUGUCUGCUGGCACUCUGCAACAUAUGACAAGGACAACAGUUGCUCUUUCUGCUUUCAGAGGAAUUCCUUAGUGAGUACAGAGGUACUCAGAGCCCAAGAAGAAUGGGAAGCUGUGGAGACCAUCCAGCCAGAGACAGGGAGCCGGGCCAGCUCUGCACAGGCUGGGCAGCUAAUCUCCUUCAGCGAGGCCCUGCAGCACUUCCAGACUGUGGACCUCUCCUCCUUCAAGAAAAGAAUCCAGCCAACUAUUCGAAGGACCGGGCUUGCUGCUCUCCGGCACUACCUCUUCGGGCCUCCAAAGCUCCACCAGGGCCUUCAGGAAGAAAGGGACUUCGUGCUGACCAUUGCUCAGUGUGGCCUGGAUAGCCAAGACCCAGUGCACGGCCGAGUCCUCCAGACCAUCUACAAGAAGCUGACCGGCUCCAAGUUUGACUGCGCCCUCCACGGAGACCACUGGGAGGACCUGGGCUUUCAGGGAGCAAAUCCAGGCACAGACCUCAGAGGGGCAGGCUUCCUCGCCCUCCUGCACCUGCUCUACCUGGUGAUGGACUCAAAGACCUUGCUGUUGGCGCAGGAGAUUUUCCGCUUGUCUCGUCACCACAUCCAGCAAUUCCCUUUCUGUCUGAUGUCCGUGAACAUCACCCGCAUCACCAUCCAGGCCUUGAGAGAGGAGUGUCUCUCCAGGGAGUGUAAUCGGCAGCAGAAGGUCAUCCCAGUAGUGAACAGCUUCUACGCUGCCACUUUCCUCCACCUUGCACACGUCUGGAGGACCCAGCAGAAGACCAUCUCAGACUCAGGCUUUGUUCUCAAAGACUUGGAAGUGUUAGCCAAGAAGAGCCCUCGGCGGCUGCUCAAGACCCUGGAGAUCUACUUGGCUGGCGUGUCUAAGGGACAGGCCUCCUUGUUGGGGGCAAAGAAGUGCUGUGGGCCACAAGCCCCUUACUCCAAGGACCUCACCUUCACAGGUGUCUGUGACCUGCAACCUCAUUCAUCUGAAGGCACAUGGCUGAUCUGACUAUCCCAGAGACUGACUGAUAGACCUAAAGGCUGGGCUGUACCCAGAGGUGCAUGGCCAACCAUGUCAGGAGCACCCUGGCUGAGCCAGGCCCCUUCCUGUCUCAGCAGGUGGGAUGUAGGAAGUUCCUGGGCCAAGUACCCUUCACUCACUGCCAUGAGGCAUUGGGGCAGGUUGGCUUGACCCCCACCCUGCAGACCGGCCUCCAGAGCAAAGAGAAUCUCACCUUAGUCUCAGCUGGGCUGCAGUCUACAGGGUUGGGUACCAGGUUAUUUCAAUGUGAGUGAAUGGAUCAUGAGGUGGGACCGCCCCAUGUGGAUCUGUGGAUAUUCUGUACAAGCCCACGUGGGAAGGAGAUGCCCAAGUAGAGGCAGCCAGAAUUCUGACUCCCUGGCAGCAGGGCUCUCUGCCAGGUGUCUAUGAAGUUAGGACUCGAAGGAGGGAGACAGCAGUGGCAGCCGACAGGGGGCAGCAUGACCUAGAGCAAGCUGCCUGGGACCUCAUCUGGGAGGAGGGGCUUCCUCUUCUCCAUCCACCAGGCGGGUCAGGGCCCCUGGGGGUUUCUGGCCUUUCACUUACCCUACACUCUUCUUCCCAGUCCCUCCCCUCCAUUGUUUACCAUCUAGAAAUGGGCAUUUGGCUAGGCAUGUCCCAUGGCUGCCCUAUCCUCACCGCCGGUAAGUUGGGACUUCCUUCUGUAGAGGCUGUACAUGUCCUGUGAUGGUUUUCUGGCCUGGCUGAGUGAAGUAGGAAAUUCACACACCAGCAGUUUUCAACUAAAGGAAUUGUUCUAGUUUAA